CGCACGCUGACGGAGCUUCCUGUUUGCGGCGCAGAGGAGCUGCCGCAGUUGCCGUUGUCCGGCGCUGCUGGCGGGAGGGAGGCGGCAGCGCUCCGGGGGCACCACGCCGGACUUGAAAGGCUCGGCUGUUGUUAAGACAACUACUGAAACAUGGUGGAUUAUUAUGAAGUUCUCGGAGUGCAAAAGCAUGCCUCAGCAGAGGAUAUUAAAAAAGCGUACCGUAAAUUGGCACUAAAAUGGCACCCUGAUAAAAAUCCAGACAAUAAAGAAGAGGCAGAACGGCAAUUUAAACAAGUAGCAGAGGCCUAUGAAGUUUUGUCAGAUGCUAGAAAACGUGAGAUCUAUGACAGAUAUGGAAAAGAAGGCUUAAUAAAUGGAGGCGGAGGUGGAAAUCAUCGUGAUAAUCCAUUUGAAUUUGGAUUUACAUUCCGUAACCCAGAAGAUGUGUUCAGGGAGUUUUUUGGUGGAAGGGACCCCUUUUCGUUUGACUUCUUUGAAGACCCUUUUGAGGACUUCUUUGGUGUCAGGCGGGGUCCAAGAGGAAGCAGAAGCAGAGGUGGUGGAUCAUUUUUCUCUGCCUUUGGUGGAUUCCCUACUUUUGGAAGUGGCUUUUCUUCAUUUGACACAGGUUUUACUUCAUUUGGUUCACUGGGACAUGGAGGCCUUACUUCGUUCUCCUCUACGUCAUUUGGUGGCAGUGGGCUGGGUAACUUCAAAUCGGUAUCAACCUCAACUAAAAUAGUUAAUGGCAGAAAAAUUACUACAAAGAGGGCUUUAAAAUGGCUGUGGUUUUUGUUCUACAGAAUUGUUGAGAAUGGACAAGAGAGAGUAGAAGUUGAAGAAGAUGGCCAGUUAAGGUCGCUAACAAUAAAUGGUGAGGCAGAUGAAGAAGCUUUUGCUGAGGAGUGCAGACGGAGAGGACAACAUGCCCUACCUUUCCAGCCGACCAACCCUCGCCUGCUGAAGUCUCACAAGCCUGCCAGUUCCCCCAGAUAUGCCUAUCAUUAUAAUAGCGAUGAGGUGGAAGAACAAGAUAGAAGCCGGGUUACAAGCAGCUUGGAGACCCCUUUUUAUUUAUCAGGCAGUGCACAAAGAGAUAAAAAAGCAAUUCCAAUGCCAAAGCUCAAAGUCUACCUGCCCAUCCUUCAGCCACCACCCUAUCUUGGCUAAAUCUGACAGUGUCUUAAGCCUGGAGCCUCCUCAGGUUCUCCUUGGAGAUUUCCUUACACAUCACUACAUGUUCUGCAUUCAGAGACAUACAACCACCAAGUCCAUGCAGCAACCCGUGUUCCUGCUGGUAGUCACCAGUGGGGUGCUCUGUGCCCAUUUUCACUUUCAGCCUACCCUGAAAAGGCCCAUGUGCCUAAAGAUGGUCUCAAUUUACGCUCAGCAGAUGAAACCUUCUGCUAGAAUGAAGUAGUUGUAGGUUCACGUCCCUCAGCUACCUGAAGGCUUCACAACAUUACCGUCUGCCCACAAAGCUCUUCUCUUAAGUGGAAAAUAACUGGGUAUCUUUAACAGCUGUUCAAGGACUUCAUAUAGUGUGAGAAAACGUCAGCACAAGUCACCAGUGCCAGACCUGGUGAGCAAGACUCCUACAGCCCAUGAGUGCUGUGAGCACCAUGUAAUGGGCCCCAUAGGUAUGCAGCAGUAACCUUGUUUCCAAGAUGUCGUAUUUUGUAAAAAAUGGUAGACUUGACCUUAACAUCUACCAUCAGUAGAGUCCUCUCCAUAGGAGAGCUUCAUAUGGAAGUGGGUGUUCUUAGCCCUUUCCCCUACAACACUUCGAGAUGUCAGUUAUCUUGAUGCCAUUCCCGAAGGUGUGUGACUUGAAACAGUCAUCUUUUUAGGUAUUAGAGUGCCGAAGUUCCGCUUUUAAAUCUAAUUCUAACUCACUCUAUUUAAAAUACAUAAUUUAUUCUGAAGCCAAGAUAUCAAUCCAGGUGAAUUUACAUCACCCUUUUCUAACCUCAAGACUUCUAAUACAAUUGCCUUAGUAUGUGAAUAUUAUGUUAUCAAAUAGAAUUCAAGGAUGCUGUUUACCUACAUAUAGCUGUUUCAAGGCUAGCUGUAGUAAAGAAUUGCUCAGUAUAUAGUUAAAAUGGAUUCCAUAUCUUUACAAGUUUAUACAUUUAGCUUCAGUCAUUUUUUUAUGACUGGCACUAAUGAUAAGCUUUCAAAAUAAAUAUAUGUGUAUUGUUCUAUAUUGUUAGUAAAGUGACCAUAAUUCCUACUCUGCCUCAUUUUCCUGUUUUAAUAAUUCUUCUAACCGGGAUUUUGUAGACCAGUACUGCCUUCCUUGAAUUAUUUUAGAAGAAUAAUUCUGAUGCCAGGGAAAUAUUUUACUGGUGUCUCCCUCACCCCCUGAAAAAUCCAUUCAUAUUUUAAAAACUUAAAAUCCAGAAAUUUGCCAGUUCCCAACUGUCAUUUGCUCCUUAUAGCCUAGUUUUGGAGCAUUGCCAGAAGCUCUCAUCAGUGUGCUCGUGAUGUAUACAUGACUCUUUCAGCAUAACGUAUGGCUGUGGACAAGAAAUAGGCACAUGAAAAUAACGGCUGCUGAUUUCGCUAUCAGUAUGCUCUUUGACCUUGACCUCUGGCUGGAAACCACUAUAUUAUUAAUUCAAGUCUCAUGUUGUCUCUUCUCUUUACUUGUAAUACAUGUUCUGUGUAGGCUUUAUUACUAAGUACGUGUUACAGAUUUCACAAACAGAGAAUAAAAUCACAGUGUUAGCAUGACACCCCCAAAUACCAAUCUGUCUGCUAGGUUUCUCAUAGCAGCUCUUUGCAUGGUCUCAGCACCUUCUUACUGACCCAGCACAGGAGCAGCACUAAUAUUAGAAAGCGCUAAACUCUGUUAGUGUAGAAUAAUUUUAUUUAAAACCACUAGUCGAGAUCCCAAUUGAAUUUAUUUGCCAAAACAUGAGCCCUUGGUGUAGCACAGAUGCCAUUUUUGUGUGUGCAUGUGAAAGCAUAGAUUCUUGCUUAGAAAGAUUUAUCUGAUAUUAAUGACAGAGCUGCAUUUAGAUGGUAUGAAUCAGUACGUGCCAUGCUUGAACAUUCAUUAAACCUGAUGAAUUAAAUAACCCUCCUGGGCCAGAGAGAGAUGUUGCUGUUAUAGUUUAUGAUAUAUCAUAUAUCACGUCUGUUUGCUAUUGUUCUACCCAUGUUAUUUUAUGUGUAAAAGGGAUAACAUCAGCAGAAGUAAGUCCUGCUUAUUUUGGAAGAAACAGAUGCUCCGCAAGCAAGACAGUGCAAAAUGCCUGGAAAUUGGGAAAUCUGCUGGAAGUCUCUCAGAUAGGCUUAGGAAGUGCUGGAAGACUUUUCUAUAUGGAGAAAAAGUCUGAAGAAUAUUAUUAUGGAGUAGUUGUUAUACUGGGGGUUGUUGUUUUUUGUUUUUUUUUCCAGUAAACCAACUUGUAUUCUGAUUUUAAUUCCUUUUGUUUUGAGUGCUCUCCCUUUGGAAUUGUUGCCAUGCAAGCUACUUUUCUGCUCCUUGGGUCUCUUAGGUUGGAGUCUGGUACCCGAUGAUACUGAUACGUGUCUCUCCUGUUCCCAGAGAGCACUGGGCUGGGGCCCAGAUCUGCAUUUCAGUGGCUCUCUAAACCUUUUAAGGCUUGGGCAAAGGUAAAUCCUCCUGAAAUUGCAGGCCAGACAUUGUUCGCUCUGAGUUAUCUAUAUAAGCUCAUUUUUUUUUUAUUAUUAUUAACUGGUAGCACAGUUCCUCCAGUUCUCAGGUUUACACUUUUGGUGGGUCAUGUAUGUGUUGGCUGGCUGAGAGCAGCUCCAAUCAGCCUGAGCCAAUUCCUGAUGGAGUUGGUGGGUUCUGAGCCAGGCCAGCUGCCCUUGGCUGUGAACUGUAAAAUAAAUAUUUCUCUUAAACACAGAGCAUCUUGACUAUUCCAAGAAUGUCUCAAAAGCCAAUCUAGGCUAUGUCAGCUCUUCUUCAUAUGCAAUAGGGAAAAACCCUUUCAGAACUGAGGCAUGGGAAGUAUGUAAUGCUGAGAUGUGUCAUUGUCUAAACUUUGGGCAGGGUGGGAUGUUAGGGAAGGUUUCCAGGGAACCAGAAAAACUUUCACAAACUUAUUGGCUGACAUCCAUGGCAAAUGUCAUUCCAGAUAUGGCAGAGAAUUAAGCAGCUCUAUAGCAAAGUAAAACCACAUCCAAAAAUAAAGAUCACAACACUUAUAUUUUAAUGUUAAACGCUAAAUGUUCAAGUGCUGUAAAAGUCAGUGAGACUGGGGAAGAGGCUUACUGUCCCUGAUACUAUUUAAAUGAAAAAUGUUCUGUGAUUCUUGUUAAAAACAAGUAUUUAGACGCAUUUAAGUGUGCGUAUUGUUUCUUGCUUUAGGAGGAACUAAUCUUAAGACAUACGAUGUGCUUUAUAACUAAACUGUGGCUAAGAUUUCUCCCACCUGUCCAGUAAUGGGUCAUGCUGUGAUGAGAACAUCAUGUCUAUUUUAAAUCUAAUACACAGCUAAACAAAAUAAAAAGCUACCUUUCAAAGAAGUCCACCUAGGACUA